AUGGCGGCGUUUAGCUGGGACUGGAUGGAGUCGUUAAAGCACGCAGCCAGGGCCGAGCAGGUGCCGGCGGACUGGAAUGCGCGGACGGCCCGCACGCCCGACGCUGCAUGGCAAGCGGACGAUCAGCGACCACCCACUCGUCGCAAGACGUCGCAUGCCGUCGCCCCCACAUGCAGCCCCGCAGCAGCUUCCCAGGACUUGUGGCGCCCCGUCUCUUCCGCGCACGAGCCCUCCGCGCUUCCCACCCUCGAGCCCUCCUCCAGACUUCGCUCCCCCUCCCCCACCUCCAUGCCCGCGUUCUUCUCCCCACAGUCCCCGCCCUCCGCACAACCAUCCUUCCCCCAACCAACUACGCCGGUCCACGUCGCAUCGCCAACGAGCGCUCAUUUCCCCACGGAAGGUACUGCCCCCAGCCCCCCGGUGCGGAGACGCAGCGCAUUAGCGCGCGGAGAGCGGGGCGACGCGGAGACGGAGGUGCUGCUGCAGGGCCUGCUGAGCUCCGCGCCUGUGAGCCGCCGUUUAGCAGCGCUGGGCCUCGUGCUUCUGCUCAACGGCGUGGGACAUGGCGCGGCGGGCGCGUGGAAAGCAAGCGCAGCGGAGGAACCCGCGUCGACGGAAGAGCCCUUGUCUCCCUGCAGCAGCGUCGGCAGUUGCGAUUUGCCGGCCGAUCAUGACGACGACACGGCUUGCACCUCCUCUCUCCGCGCCGCCGAUCCAUGGGCCGCGCCGCAAGUUUGCACCAGCGGGCCGCUCGCUGCCCCCCAUGUGGCUGAUACUGCUAGUAUCGGAUCAGGUGGUGGGGAGCGGGGCGGGGGAGGAGGCGCAGGGCGGGCAGACGGAGGAGUUUUGGCAGCAGCAGCGGCAGCAGCUGGUGGAGGCGAUCCAGACACUGCUGCAGGGAUGCGCGCAGCUGCAGCGCUCGUAGUGCGGGGCGAGGCGUCGUGA